GCACAUACAGGACUGUCUAUAGGGUGUCUAUGGGGCACAUACAGGACUGUCUAUAGGGUGUCUAUGGGGCACAUACAGGGCUGUCUGUAGGGUGUCUAUGGGGCACAUACAGGGCUGUCUGUAGGGUGUCUAUGGGGCACAUACAGGGCUGUCUGUAGGGGGUGUAUUUGGGAUCUAUAGGGAGCACCGCAGGAUCUAUAGGGAACGCACCGAUCCCAUCUCGGCGGUCGAUUACUCACGCCUAGGCCCCGCCCCGCCCCACGGCGGGCGCCUCUCUCCGCGGCGUUGCGGUGACGUCACUCCCGGCGUUGCGGUGACGUCACUGCCGCCGCUGCCUGGCGCGGGGCGCGCGCGGGACCGAGGGGGGCGAGCGGCGGCUCCGUGAGGGCUCCGAGCGGCGGCUCCGUGAGGGCUCCGGCGGCGGCUCCGGCAUGUUUCAGACCUUGUACAGCUAUUUUUGGUGGGAACGGCUCUGGCUCCCGGCAAACCUCACCUGGGCUGACCUGGAGGACCGGGAUGGGCGAGUCUAUGCCAAAGCCUCUGACCUGUACAUCACCCUCCCCUUGGCCUUCCUCUUCCUCGUUGUCCGGCACCUCUUUGAGACGUACGUGGCCACCCCCCUGGCCGGGCUCCUGAACGUCAAGGAGAAGGUCCGGUUAAAAGCCACCCCCAAUGCGGUGCUGGAGAAGUUUUACGCUGCCACCAGCAAACACCCCAAGCAGGCCGACGUGGAGAUGCUCUCCAAGAAGAGCGGCUGCACCGUGCGCCAGGUCGAGCGCUGGUUCCGCCGCCGCCGCAACCAGGACCGGCCCAGCCUGCUCAAGAAAUUCCGGGAGGCCAGUUGGAGAUUCACCUUUUACCUUAUUGCUUUCAUUGCUGGCAUGGCUGUCAUAGUGGAUAAACCUUGGUUCUAUGACCUCCGGGAGGUGUGGAAGGGAUACCCCAUCCAGGUGAGCAUGGAUCCCAUCCCAGCUUUUCCUGACCACCAGGAUCUGCAGUGGCAACUGGAGGUGCAGUGGGGGAGUCUCGGGGGGGGGUGGGAUGCUGGUUCUGCCCGUGACAGGAUGGCUUUUCCUGGCAGGAUCAUGCACUGCACGAUGUUCUAUCCGCUGGAGCUCUACCCCGCCUUCUUUGGUUACUACUUCUUCAACUUCAUGAUGGUGGUGCUGCAGUCGCUGCACAUCUUCUGGGCCUACCUCAUCAUCCGCAUGGCCCAGAAGUUCAUAACUGGAAAGGUGGUGGAGGACGAGCGGAGUGACCGUGAGGAGACGGACAACUCUGAGGAGGAGGAGGAGGUGGCCAAGAACGGGCCCCUCUCCAACGGCCACCCUGUCCUCAACAACAACCACCGCAAAACCGACUGAGUGCCCCGGACCCGAGAGCUGCCACCUCCUGCCACCGGCCCGGCCCCUCCGGCCGCUCCACACCGGGACCCCGGAGCGUCUGCCGGGCCCCACCCCUCGGGAGCGGGGCCGCAGCUCUGCCUCACACUCACCGCUGGUGCCCUUCCACCUCUCACCUGCUGCCUUAAUCCACUGCGGUUCCCCGGGACAGGCGGGGAGCGCACCGGGACGGCUCCAUCCCCCCGGGGCGGCUCCUUCCCGCCCCGCAGCCCCUGGGAUUGGCUCUGGCCGAAGGGCUCGGCCCCAGCCCCUUGCCGGGCUCUGUGUUAUUCCUACUUUCCCAAGCAUUCCUUCACCGGGGGGAGGGGGAAAAGCCCCUUUCCCUGAGCUGCGUCCGGCUGGAAAAGCCGGCUCAGCCCCUGCUCCGCCGAACUGGGAGGGAGGAGCAGGGAAUUCCUGGGUGUUUCAGGGCCUGAAUGAUGGGAUGACACUGUGGAAGUACUUGGGGGAAGGAAGCUGCGGGGCUGAGUCACUCCUUGUGUCUCACAGAGUUUAAUCCUCUCUCAUUUCUCUUCGGUAAAUGGAUUUUGAGUCUCUCCCUCUCUGUGGCCUCUCCCAGCUGUAACAGGACAAAUUUCCAACUUGAUUUUUCCUUUUUUUUGGUUUUUUUUUUUUUUUGUUUUUUUUUCCUCCUUUUCUUUCUAUUUAUUUGGAAGACAGAAGGAGCCGGGCUUGGCUCUGUCUCCUGCAUCCUUUGGGAUGCUGUGAGACCUCCCAGCACGGAGGGGUGGGGGGAAAAAGGACCAGUAACCAAUGUCAGACCAAAACGUGUUUUGUUAUUGUUUUUUUGGGUUGUUUUUUUUUUUUUUUUUAAUAAAUAAAAGGUUAAAUAUAUUAAAAGUUUAAAAAACUAAUAAACUUGGGUAAAAAAAAU